UUAUUCAUUCAUACAAAAAAAAAUAUAUAUAUAUAUAUAAGAGAAAAAGGAAGAAGAAAAUUCCAAUUUCCAAAUUCCGAGAAUCAUUUGAGAAACAUGGGGAUCCCACACUUUCUUGCAAUACCAUACCCAAUACUAGGACACAUGAAUCCCCUUCUUCAAUUCUGCCAUGUUCUAGCCAAAAACCAUGGUUGCAAAAUCACCUUCUUAAGCUCUGAUGAACACUUCAACAAGCUGAAGAAAGCAGCAAGUAGUUCAGGCAUGGAGUCAGAGAUGAUGAGGUUGGUGUCCCUGCCAGAUGGUGUGGACCCUAAUGAUGAUAGAAGUGACCAAGGCAAGGUUAUACUGACCACAAGAACCACCAUGGUUGACAUGCUUCCAAAGCUCAUAGAAGAUGUGAAUGCCAUGGAUUGUGAUAACAAGAUCACUUGUGUUAUUGUCACUAAGAACAUGGGUUGGGCCUUGCAAGUUGCUCUCAAUUUGGGUAUCAAAGGUGCUCUCUUCUGGCCUGCUUCUGCAACUGCUUUGGCCUCUUUUGAUUCUAUGCAAACCCUCAUUCAUCAGGGAAUCAUAGAUUCUCAAACUGGCCUACCAAGCAAAGAACAUAAGGAGAUUCAUCUUUCUUCAAAUCUACCAAAGAUGGACCCAUCAGCCAUGCCAUGGUACUGUUUAGACAACACUUUCUUCUUCCUUCACAUGAAGCAAGAGAUUCAAACUCUGAAUCAAGCACAAUGGUGGCUUUGUAACACAACUUCUCAUCUUGAACCCGGAGCACUUUCUAUUUCACCAAAGGUCCUACCAAUUGGUCCAUUGAUGGCAGAUCAAACCACAAGUUCAUCAUCAUCAUCAUCAUCAUUGAUCUUAAAAGAAGAUGAAACAUGUCUAGAAUGGUUGGAUCAACAACAACCUCGAUCCGUUGUGUAUGUUUCGUUUGGUAGCAUGGUAUCUAUUAAGCCGAACCAAUUCAAAGAACUAGCUCUUGGACUUGAUCUUCUUAACAAGCCUUUUCUUUGGGUUGUAAGAAAUGGAAUUAAUGGUUGCAAAAACAAUAAUGGAAAUUAUGGGCUAUACCCAGAUGAAUUUCAUGGAAGUAAAGGUAAGAUUGUUAAUUGGGCACCCCAGAAAAAAGUUCUAAACCACCCUGCCAUAGCUUGUUUUGUUAGUCAUUGCGGUUGGAAUUCGACCAUUGAAGGUGUUUAUAGUGGUGUUCCUUUCUUGUGUUGGCCUUUUGUGAGUGACCAAUUGAUGAACAAGAUUUACAUUUGUGAUGUGUGGAAGGUUGGGAUUGGAUUUGAGAAGGGAUUGAUUUUGAGGGAAGAGAUAAAGAAGAAGGUGGAGAUGUUACUUGGAGAUGAAGGAAUCAAUGAGAGGUGUUUGAGACUCAAGGAGAUUGUGAUCAAGAACAAGCAAGAAGGUCAGAAGAAUCUCAAUGAGUUUAUCAAUUGGGCCAAGGAGUGAGUAUAGUUAUGUAUUAGUAUAAAUAAAAAUUGAGAUGAAAAAAAUUGGGAAUUUUUAAAGUUAUGUAUUUUUAUAUUAAUGAAAAAAUAAAUGGUAGUGAAAUUGUAAUUGGUUA